GAACUUGAACUCGUAACCUUUCAAUCACAUAGAAAAUCAAAAUUGUUCGUGGAAUUCGAACUCAUAACCUUUUAAUAAAACCAGCAAAAUAGCGGGCCGAGUUGGCCUGACGGGCCUAGUCAGGGCUUAGCCCAACCCUUCAUGGGCUCACGAUCCAAUUCAAUGGGCUUUCAAUCUCCCAAAAAAGACCCAAUUUAUAUACGAUGAUAAUUGGGAAAACCCUAACUCUCACCGUAGCCCUCCAAUUGCCGCCAUUCUCCCUCUCGAUCUCAGGAAAUCCAAGCAAUCAUGGGUAAGGUUCACGGUUCGUUGGCGCGUGCCGGAAAGGUGAGAGGGCAGACGCCCAAGGUGGCGAAGCAGGACAAGAAGAAGAAGCCGCGCGGCCGAGCUCACAAGCGGAUGCAGUACAACCGUCGUUUCGUCACCGCCGUUGUUGGCUUUGGAAAGAAGAAGGGGCCAAAUUCAUCAGAGAAGUAAUGGGUGAAGAAGAAUUUUAUUGGUUUGAUCAUGUUUUAGUUUUGCUAGUUACUGGAUUAAACUUUAUCCUAUCAUUUUGAACAUAAUUAAAUGUGAGCAGUGAAAUUUUGAAUUUUUUU